AUGCCAAUAUCUAGUGGUUUCGGGUAUUAUCCGUACAAUUAUCCAACAACAAUACGUAUAGAACAACCUAUUAGAAUAUUAAAGGAAACGCAAACAAAAUCAACUGGAGUUCCAUUUCAACAACGAUCAGAUACAUUUACCAUACCAAAACGUGAUACAAAAUCAUUACCACCCUAUACGCUUCCGAAAAUAAAACAAUCGCUAGCAGAUUCUAAAUCAAAACAACAGAAAACAACCAGGCCAACAACGGCUGUGGUGAGAAACAAACCAACUAAUAACAGCAACAAUCAAACUAAAUCAUCAUUAACUUCAUUAACCCCAAAAAACAAACCGAAUGUCCUUCAAAAACAAACAAAAGUUGUAGCACAUGAAUUAAAAAAAGAUAACACCAAAAACAGCGAUGUUAAUUAUACUCAUAAAACAAUAUUAAAACAUAAUAGUAUAAGUAACAAUGAGCAACGAAAACCUGUACGAUUUUCUGAUCAACUAGUAGAAUAUAAUAGAACUCCCGACGACGAUGAUCAUGUAACGUACCUUGAUCCUCCACCGUCGAAAGUAUCACCACCUCCUGUUCGUCGUCAAUAUAACAGUCGACAAAUUUACCGAACUGAUUCCGAUUCUGAUAAUGAAAGUUCACGAAAACCACGACGAACAUUUAUUGUCCAACAACCAUCAGUAAAAAGAAAUGAACGUCGCUUAGUUCGAAACAAUGAUCAAUUCAUACAUGAACCUGAUUCCUAUUACGUUGAUUCGAACCAAUCGUCACGACCAACAAAAGUCGUUUAUAUUAACAAUCAAAAUCGUUCAGUUCCUCAUCGGUCUCGACCGAAAUAUGUCUAUAUGAAUGAAAACAGUCCACAUCAAUCGGAUGUUGUUUAUGUCGACGAACCACCGGGUGUACAAUAUGUAACUGCACCCACAACAAAUCGCCGAUAUCGUACACCGUCUAGACCUGCAUAUCACGAAGAAGUCAUUUAUGUCGACGAUGACGAACAACCGGUUGAAUAUGUUGAAUAUGUUGACGAACAACCCGUUGAAUAUGUUGAAUACGUCUAUGAAAAUGAGCCAAUAGUACCAAAAUCAUCACGAUCAAACAUUGUCUAUGUUGAAGAGUCUCAACCUUCUCGCUAUUAUCAAAAACAUCAACCAUCAGGAACCAAUGUUGUUUAUCAAUAA